AUGAGGCUGCGUAAGAAGGCAAUCUUUACAUUAUUUUUACUACCUGGACUUGUAUUGUUCUACGUGAUAAAUUCAAAAAACCAAAAGACUUCUACUGUGUACUACGAGCAAGGUAUGAAACAAGUUAACAUAACUUUUAGACAGAAUUUUUUGAUUAUUAAUUAUACUUUUUGAGCUGAAAUUAGUCUUAGCCUGAGCCCGACUUUGACCUAAGUCUACUUUAAAAAAUUUUUAUUUUUGAAAAUUUUUAGACUAUCAAUUUGCUCUUCAAAAAACUACCAAAUAUGGCAGUUGUCAACUUCCAAUAUUAGAACCAUGGCAUCAAAGUGGUUUAGCUGACCUUACACCAGACUUGAAUCCGCUAAAAAACUGUGAAAAGGCAUUUGAAUUAAGAAGUUGGCUAGAAAAUGGAAAACUGAAAAUUGAUAAUGGAAGACUCUAUGGAGAGACAUGUUGGUAUCGGUAAGAUUGUUUAAGAUUUUUUUUGUUUUUAGGCUACUGGCAUAUCAAAUUGUCAAAAACUUUUUUAAGCCUGUUUUAAUGGCUUUUAGAGGUUAGAACCUUUAUUUAAAAAUUAUAAAGUUGCUUUGAAAUGGCAAUUUUUCAGCUGUGUCUACUUUAAAACUGACAGUGAAUACACCACGUCGGAAUGGAUUACAUAUAAAGGAAAAGAAGUUGCAACUGAAUGUGAAGUCGUCGAAGUUGAGUGUAGCCAAAGAUUCAAACCAACUUAUAUGUAUCUUCAUGUACAGUUACUUAAAAAGUUAGUUUAUGUUUUAGACUACUAAGCUUAGGCUUACUAUUUUUAGCCUAAUACGCCAAAUUUAAGUCUCAGCUUACUACGCCUAAGAUUACUAUAUCUAAGCCUACUAAACUUAAGCUUACAAUGCCUGGACCUUCUAAGCCUAAUCCUACUAAACCUGAACAUACUGCCUAAGGUUACUAAGCUAACUAAUUCUAAGCCUAGUAAGACAGUCACUCCCCUAGUAAGCCUUAAAGCGUACUAAUCCUUGGCCUAUUAAACCUAAGCCUACUAAUUUAUGAAACAACCAUCACAAAGACUAAAAUCAAAUGCUUACAAUAGAAGAACAUGCAAAACCUGUGCGACAUUGCCUAAUAUUGGCUAAUGACAUAAUAUGAUAACCUAAAUAGCCUCAGAGAAAUUGUAAGAAAUGUUAUUGCGUAACGUUUCUUAUGUAAUAUUCAUAACAUUAUAUAAAACUUGCCUCGAUGUAAAACGACCCAACAAAUGACUGCGAGUGCUGGGGUUUGGUUUGAUUUUUCUGUACUAAAACUUUUUGCUAUGGUCUAAGUCUUAGCCUUAGCUUUAGCCUUAUUUAGUCUCUUCUCAAGCUCAAUAUGAAAACCAGUGCAAAGCCUACAAGAUAAAGAUGUGUUCUAUAAGCCUACUAGCUGAAGAUUCGUUUUAAACCUAAAAUUAUAAUGUCAUUUCAGACCAUCGCAACCUAGUCCACCUUCAAAUGCAUCUAACGUAUAUGUUAUCUUGAUUGAUUCUGUUAGUACCAGCCAUCUAAAGCGUGCCCUGCCAAAAACUAAACUCUACUUAGAACAAACAUCCCAAGCAGUAACUUUUGAAUACCUAAACAAAGUCGGCUUGAAUAGUCGGCCGGUUUCCUAUGCUUUUUUGAUGAACGAAUCUCCAGAAGAUUUGCCACGGAAUCCAUGGGGUAAAGAGAGAAAGAUUGGCAAGUGGAACGAGUUGUGCCAUGUGCCAUUGAAUAACUUCAGCAACUUUAUUGGAUAUCAGUUUAGAAACAAUGGCUAUAAAACUUUUGCUAUGGAUGAUUCUGGAUUGGGAAACUUUAAUUCACCUGAUUGUUAUGGGUUUACUGAGGCUCCAAUGGAUCAUUAUAUCAAGUAAGUUUUAUAUGAAGCCUAGAUAUAGUUUCGCUUUAACCUCAGCUUUAGCCUUAGCCUAGCCCAGACAUGAUCCAUCCUUAACCCUAGCUUAGAGCCCUAGCCUAGAGCUGUAGCCUAGAGCCCUAGCCCAGAGCCCCAACCCGGAGCCUAUUCAUUAGUACUAUCACGUCUAACUUUAAACUUUGUUCCAGACAAUACGCAAUUCGGUUAGAAGGUCUCUACGGUAUUCCAUCACCCGUCCUCUAUGACAAUAUACAUUAUUAUCAGUGCCGUGACGGUUAUGAGCCGGUGUUUGAAACUUUUCAAAAAUUUGUAAAAUUGUACAAAAAUCAGCCUAAAUUCAGCUAUAUUUGGUUUACGCAUAUUGCUCAUAACAACUUGAACAAUCUGUUUCGGACUGAUGAAAAGAUGUUGCAGUACUUUAAGGAUAUUGAACGUGAGGUAAGUUCUUGUAGGUCCCUGGCACCGAUGGAACACUGUAUGGGUCAGAAGAAGAAAAAAGAAGUGACGCACAGAAAAGAAAGAAUUUUUAAAUUUUUUUAUGUUACAUUGUGCACCAAAAGUUCUGUUACCAAACUUUAUCUUUUAUAGUUAAACAACGCAUUUGUCAUCUUCCUGGCUGACCACGGAGCCAGAAACCAUCAUUUCCGACAAUCUUUCAUUGGUGAAUAUGAAGAUAGAAACCCAUUUCUAAUGAUCUCAGUACCACAAAAGCUAAGGACAAAUCAAGAUCUCAUGAAUAAUUUGCAUGUCAAUUCAAAAGAACUAGUGACACAUUAUGAUGUCUAUGCUACUAUGUUGGAAUUGGCUCAGGUGAGUGUUAAUAUUAGAAUUUAUACUAGGUAAGACGUAAGCUCGGUUGGAGCUAACAAGGGAGGUAAGAGAUGAGGCUAGAGGUGAGGUUGAGGAGGGGGCUAGGGAUGGGGCUAAAGCUUAGGGGGUGGGCUAAGCCUAACCUUCACAUUUAAGCUUAAGAUUUCACUUUUAAGCCUAAAGUUUCAUUUUUAAGCUCUAAAAUUUUUUUUAAGCUUAAAGUUUUAUUUUUAAGUCUAAGAUUUUAUUUUUAAGCCUAAGAUUCCUUUUUAAGCUUAAAAUUUCAUUUUUAAGCCUAAAAUUUUAUUUUUAAGCAUACGAUUCUUUUUUAAACCUAAAAUUUCAUGUUUAAGCCUAAAAUUUAUUUUUAAGCCUAAGAUUCAUUUUUAAGCUUAAAAUUUCAUUUUUAAGCCUAAAAUUUUAUUUUUAAGCCUAAGCUUCAUUUUUAAGCUUAAAAUUUCAUUUUUAAACCUAAAAUUUUUUAAAAUUGCUAAGGGUGGAGUUAAAGAAUAAAUUAAUAAUAACACUAGUUGACUUUCAGAAAAGUCAAGAAUUCACUCCAGCCACAGCCUUCACUACUACUAAUUUUACGCCAAUAAAUAUAGAACUAAAAGGUUCUUCCCUACUUCAUCCUCUGCCAUCUCCACGCGACUGUAAUACUCUACUAAUACCCUUCCAAUACUGUUUAUGUCAACAUAAACAACAAAAAGUUCGAAACGACAAAUUGGCUUUACAAGUUGGUCAAAUGAUUGUCAACAACAUGAACAAGGCUUUAUUUUUGUCGAAAUUUAAAAACCUGUGUGCCAAAUUGACGUUGGAUGAAGGUUAUAAGUACAAAUUAAUACAGUUUCUAGAUGGUUCUAGGAGUGAAACUGCUUAUCAUAUACAGCUACGGGUACUACCGAGUAACGGGUUACACGAAGCGCAUUUUACGGUAUGUUACUACAGAAGUUAA